GGGAGAUACUGAACCUAGCUCCAAAAUGCAACUGCUAGAGGUAGCUAGGGUACCGGUAUUAGGGAGAUGCUAGGGCGUCCCUUGUGCCAUUUCGUGGUAGACGCCCAAUCGCUCUGAUGGUUGGUGUGGUGGUGUGAAACACAUUGUUGCGUGGCAGCCCGGCUUGAGCCAAGUGAAAAAGAAGACUCCAAGUGGUGGUAACGCCGUUGUCGCCUGGUGCGUAGAAGAGACAGAUUCCACAUACCGUUUCCAAAAGGACUGCAUUGCACGGUGACGAGCAAGGGUUUCAUGCUUGGUUCCGUCAGUAAACAAGCACUGAUGUGGCAGUGACCAGACAUAGUUUACAUUCAGGCGCUGGGUAGAAAAGAGGGCCAAGAUGCCAGGGCGGGCGGGUAAAGUCAAGGGCAGCAAGCAGAGAUUGGAGAAGAAGGAGAGGAAGGAAAAGAUUCCCCCGGUUGUGGUGCCAAUCAUUGUCAACACCCCGGAUGGCCGCCAAGUCGAGCUCAAGGGCAUCUCAACGGACGUUCUCUUGGAUGUGCGGCACUACCUGAUCCAGCACGUUGACACCACACACCUGACGAACUACUCCUUCAGCCAUGAGAUCCGUGGAGAUAAGCUUCCAGAUACGCUGGAGCUUUCGGCUCUGCGGCCGUGUGUGCUGGAUAUGGUCGAAGAGGAGUACACCGAAAAGCAGGCGGUUGCGCACGUCCGUCGGCUUCUGGACAUUGUAGCCUGCACCACCGCAUUUGGACCGUCCGGUCAGCAGAAGAAAGUCUCUUCUUCGGACGAGCCGAAAGGGAGCGACGCCCCGACGGGAACGUCAAACGGAGCCGCUAGUGGCUCCCAUAAUGGGUUGAUUGAAAGGGCGAGCAGUGGGGUUAAUGGGACGGUCGAGGGAGCGGUUGACGGGGUUGAAAGUGUUGAAAAUGGGGGUUUCUUAGCGAAAGAAACGGGUGGGGCUUCGGAGGAAGAGGGGGACGCGAGCGCUGCUGCGAGCGGGACGAUUGAUGAGGAACCGCCGAAGGAGAACGGCCAUGUUGUGCCCAAGGGUUUGGGCUUCGGCCUGGGCUCGAGCGCCCGCAAAAAGGCCGAGAACGGGGUUUCGGAGGCCGGGUCAGCUGCUAACCCGGAGGAGAAAGCGGGGAAUGAGGCAGGUUCGGGGGAUCUGGAGGGAAAAGCGGUUAAAGACCUAGCGAACGGGUUGGUUAAGUCUGGAGGAAAAGCGAAGCUAAAGGGGAAAGGAGACGCGAUGAAGGCAAUGGCUGCGGCAGAGGCAGCGGUGAAACGGGGUGACCGGGAAGGGAUGUACCCCAUCCCGACACUGGGGACGUUCUACGAGUUCCUGUCGAUGGCGCACUUGCAGUCGCCGCUCCAGUCAAUCAAGCGGUCGGCCAAGCAGCCAUCUUCAGAGGAUCGAUCAGAGGGCAACUACUUUUCCAUCGAUGUUCGCCUGUGCAACGGCAAGCUGGUGACAGUCACUGCUUCUCGCACUGGGUUCUACCCGGUUGGGAAGCCGUCAGCAGCGGAGCACGAACUCCUGGACGUCUUAAGAAAGCAGAGCGGGGCCUUUACACAGGCCUAUGACGACCUCAUCCAGGGCUUCUUGGAUCGCAACCAGUUCGGCAACAUCCCCACCGGCUUCCGGGCCAAUACCUUCGUCGUGCCCCCCCCAUUCGCGCAAAACCCGUCGAACCCUCAGGAGCUACCUGUGGAGGACGAGCAGUGGGGCGGUAACGGUGGCGGAGGGGGGCUGGAGGAACUAGAGCGGGAUCGUCCGUGGAAGGCCCUGUUCAAGAGGCUGCAGGGGGUGCCGUGCGGGACUCCGGAGGAGCGGAUCGUGCGGGACAGAAAGGCUUUUCUGCUGCACAACCUUUUCGUCGAUGUCGCCAUUCGGACCGCGAUCGACGUCGUCCGAGGAAUGACCAUCCCUUAUGAAACAUCCGGUCCGUACAUCAACGGCUUCGAGACCCUUCACGAGACGGAGCGCUCCAACCUCCGGGUCACCGUCAAAAAGGAGGCCCCCUUGCCCGGCGGUAAGCGCGGCGUCAGCAACAGCGGGCCUUUUGUUGUAGUUCCAAACGGCGCUGACGUCACCGACGACAUCGUAAAAACGCUCCGGCCCCUGGACGACUUCGCUACGGCUGACACAGUUGCGAAAGAUGUGUUGGAUCGGAAGAACGUGCUGAAGGGUUUAGUAGCGGACGAGAGCACCGCGCUGGCGGACCUCCCGACGCUUGGCAUGGUUACGGUUUACUACCAGGGGUUAACCGUGGUGGUUCAUGCCGAGGGGGAUCCCUCCACGGACGAAGAACUAGAUGCGGGGCUGGAGGUGGAGCAGCUUGACGGGGGUGAGAACGCGCUCAAUGUGAAUAGUCUCCGGGUGCUCUUGCACCGCGCCGGGGGAGAGAAGACCGAGGGGGAGGAUAAGCAGUCGGACGCUGAUAAGCUAUUGGCGGCGGUUUUGGAGAAGGGUCAGGGGGAACUAGAGCGGGGGGAUCAGAGCAAGGAGCCGGUGUUGAGGUGGGAGCUUGGGGCGUGCUGGAUUCAGCAUUUGCAGGACGAAAAGAAGAAGCAGGAAGAAGAGGCGAAGAAGGCGGCGGAGGAAAAGGAGGCUCGGGUGGCGAACGGUGAAGUUGCAGAGACGGCAGUGGAGCUGGUGCAUGUCGGGGAGAGGAAGGGUUUCAAAGUCGAAGCCCGUCCGUUGCGGAAGGACGAGGACGUCAAACCGGCUGAGUCGAAGGAGGAGACGGAGGGAGAGCGCGAGCAAAGGGAAAAGAACGAGGCGGCGCUUCAGGCACUGCUGAAUGACGUGGCCUGGAAGAAAGUGGUGGACUCCAAGACGGGCCUGCACGGCAAGUCGGUAGACGAUCUUCUCGCCGGCGCCCGCACCUUCCGCGACGAGGUCGCCCUUCCGAAGCUCAUUGCGGACUUCGCUUCCCUGGAGCUGUCCCCGGUUGACGGCCGCACGCUGACAGAUUUCAUGCACACGCGCGGGCUCAACAUGAACCAACUGGGCCAGCUGGCAAGGAAAGCGGACGAGUUGCCGCACAUCAAGGAGAUGUGCAUUAUGGAGAUGGAGACCCGCGCAUUCAAGCGCAUCCUCAAGGCCGCCGUGGCCGCCUGUCCGAAGUUCUCCCUCCUCGCCUCCGUCCUGGCAUCCGGGCUGAGCGCCUUCUUGGGCGAGGGCCCUCUAGCUGCUGACACGUGGCAGUGGGUCAAGAAGUUCGUCGAGUUGCAUUACGGUUACAAGCUUCCCGAGAACGCCCGCAGCAGGCUGCGCAAGCUGGAGGUUUUGCGAGGGUUGUGCCACAAGGUUGGCAUCGAGAUUGCUCCCUGGAAGUACGACCUCGCGUCCGCCCGCCCUCUCCACGCCGCUGACGUCAUCAGCAUGGUCCCGGUGUACAAGAGCGUCGCGUGCACGACCGCCGACGGGCGGCAGCUGCUGGAGCAGUCGAAGCUGGCGCUGGACAAGGGCAAGCUGGACGAGUCGGUGCAGAGCGGCUGCAAGGCUCUCUCGAAGAUCAUCGCCGUGUGCGGCCCCUGCCACCGCAUGACCGCCGGCGCCUACUCCUUACUGGCCGUUGUGCUUUAUCACACCGGGGACUUCAACCAGGCGACCAUCUACCAGCAAAAGGCCCUGGACAUCAACGAACGGGAGCUCGGGUUGGACCAUCCGGACACCAUGAAGAGCUUUGGGGACCUGGCUGUGUUUUACUACCGCUUGCAGCACACGGAGCUGGCACUGAAAUACGUCCACCGGGCGUUGUACCUGCUCAACCUGAUCUGCGGGUCGGAGCACCCCAACUCCGCCGCCACGUAUAUCAACGUCGCGAUGAUGGAGGAAGGCAUGGGCAAUGUGCCGAUCGCGCUGCGCUACCUGCACGAGGCGCUCAAGUGCAAUGAGCGGCUGCUGGGGGCGGACCAUAUCCAGACUGCCGCAGCCUACCACGCCCUCGCGAUCGUCCUAUCGCUUAUGGAGGCAUACUCCCUCAGCGUGCAGCACGAAGAAACGACAUUCCGCAUCCUAACCGACAAAUUAGGCCCCGACGAUUUGAAGACGCAAGACGCGGCCGCGUGGCUCGACUACUUCGACUCGAAGGCGCUGGAGCAACAAGAGGUGGCGAGAACGGGAGGGCGCAAACCGGACGCUACGAUCGCCAGCAAGGGGCACCUCAGCGUGGACGAUCUGCUUAACUUCAUCAACAAGGAGGCCGACCAAAAGGAGGGCGCGCACAAGCGCGCCAAGCGCCCCCCGCAGCCCAUCUACCAGCGCUUCCGGGCCGCGGUUAGCCCCAAACCGGCGCCGGUUAGCGAAACCCCGGACUCGUCCUCUUCCGAGACGGGCAGCGAGACGGAGAGCGAGGAGCCGGUCUCCAGCCAGGAGGGGGUGACGUCAGAGGAGGAGGCUGACGUCGUCAGUGCUGACGUGGCGGCGCCAGAGCCGCCGGCCGUUGCCGUGCCGGAGGUGGAUGACGGGGAGUGGCAGGAGGCCACCCCUCGCUCUAAGGCCCAGAAACUCGCCCACUCAUCAAACCCGCCCCCCCAAAACCGGGCAUUCAGCCCUCGGGGGAACUUCUCUGCAAACCGGGGCGCCUUCUCUGGUGCUCAUAACCGGGCAGGCUUUGUGCGGGACGUAAGCAACCGUUACCCCCGCCCUAACCCUCGCGAGAACGGGUUGCGUUUACCGGGGGUUAGGCCCGGUUACAAACCCGGCCCCAAGAACAGCCACUCCCCUAGAAGCGUGUUGCCUAAGCCGGCGCUCCGGGUUAACAAACCGGUAGAAUUAACCGAGCAGCCCCGGGCCGGGCCGCAGAGCUCGGGGGAUCCCCCCGGGGACGGCCUUCUGACGAGGCCCUCGAGCGAGGGCCCUGUUAAAGAGGAUUCGGUUGCUGCGGCCCCCAGCGAAACCGCCGCAGCAGCUCCAACAGGGCCUCUUGAAACAGAAGAAAAUUCGAAGGAUGCGGUGUCUCCGGCCUCGGGGGGUGGGAAUAGCCUCAAGCCCGUGAAAAGCUGGUCGUUCAAGGAUAUAGUCAUGGCCAAAGCCCGGAAGACUGCCCCGGGCGUGCCUACUCCACUGAUUAUUCCGGCGGCAGGCAACACCCAGGGCGAGAGCUCCGGAGCGGAAACCAAGGCCCUGUCGACCGUCGAGGCGGCUGACAAUCAGGGGUCGGACCCGGCCGCUGGGGCCGCAACAGGGCCUCCCGAUCCGGAGGCUGUACUGAAAACAGACAAAAACCAGACGAAGAUAGACGUAGAAGCACCGCUUGUUGAAAAGGUCGCCUCUACAGCGGCCGAAGCUGAGGCAGAGGACUCCCCACUGCCGUCGGAACGCUCCGACCGGUCUGUACCUGCGUCCGAACCCUCGGUACCUGCGUCCGAAACGUGCCACGUGGCGUCCGACCCCUCCCCUUCGGCAUCAAUGACGACGUCCGAACGGUCCGAGAGUCCUGCGCUGUCCGAGUCCUCCUCGCAGCGCUCCGUUCCGCUCACGCCGUUCUGCAAGAAAUCGGACACGCCCCCCCUUCCCCAGAUCACGAUCCCUGUGCCCCUCCCGGGCCCUGCUGUCGUCCCAGUCACUCCCGUGCGCAGGUUCCCGUCCCCUGCCCCCGCGCAACCCGCGUUCCAACAGGGCCCGCCGCAGUUUGCGUACCCCCCCCUCCUGCCCACCCCCCAGUUCCGAGUCCAAUACCCCCUGCCGAGCAACAAUUACCACUACCAAAACGUGAACGGGGUCCACGUGCCGGUGCCAAUGCAAACCCCCCCCAGCCCGCACUACGGACACCCUGUCUACCCGCCCCCCCCCACCAUGUUCCCGCAAUACAGCCCCCCCCCGCAGUGGAGCCCCCAGCCGAGCGCGCGGCCGUUCCGGCCGAACCCCCUCGCCGUGGAAUUCAAACCGUCCGGUUCCCCCCCACUGCAAAACCCCUCCCCGAGCGGAGCAGCGUCGCCUACGCUCAACCCUGCCGCAGCGGAAUUUGUCCCACGCACGGUUGGGAAGACGGUGACGUCACCGAAAACGGAGGACACGGUUGCGAUGACGUCAGCCAAAGUGGAGAGCGUGGGAGGGGAUGAAGUCGACAAGGAGGCAGAUGCGGGUGCGAGCCCGGUUGAAAACGAAGAGAAAGUGGAGGAUAGCGGGAUUACACCGAACGAGGACGAGAAAACCGAUGGGGUCCUGAGCAUUGACGACGAAGAAGCGGCCGCAGUUGAGGAAAAUGGGCAGGGAGAAUUGGACGGGGAGAACGCUGCGCCAAUUGAAGAAAAGGAAGCGGCUCCGGAAUCGAGCGAGAUUGCGCAACCGUCUGUCGUUACCGCGAGCCACCCGGACGUCGAUGACGUCACCGCGGCAGUGCUCUCGGAUGCCAAGGCGGCGGCGGAAGCCGCAAUCAAGGCGGCCCUCGCUAAGGGGGGCUCAGGCACUUACGGGUCUCUUGGGGGGUUGAAAUUGUCUGCGGACGCACCCCCCUUCCAGCCGAGCGCCCUCAUGUCCCGUACCAAGAGUUGUGGCUCCCUGUCACAGGACGGGGAGAGAGACAUGGUCUCUGUGAGCGUCCGUUGAGUUUUAGCUAGACUUCGCUAGGAAGUUGAGUUGUGCGCCCUUGAGAACGCCUCCGCAAUUUUGGGUUGCCUUGCAUUGAGCUUAGCCUAGAAGCGCAGAUCAAGUCAAGAUUGGGGUGUUGCAUGCUCACAUGUUGCCAGGGCAAUCGUGGGGGUUAUACGGAGUGUACGACUAGUGUAUUGCGGCCAAAACUAGAUUCAUUGACCCGCCUUUUAUAGUAUAGUUGAUAUGUUAGCUAGGAGGGUAAACAGGAAUUCUUCGCUUCUAGGUAGCUUACUUUUGACCGUUUUUAAAAUGCUCUGGGUUGAGGGUUGUGGACGGGUGCAGACUCAAGAGAGCUAAGUCUCAUUCGUAAAUUGAACUUUGAUCAGAACACCUGGAACUGCAAGGGGGCUUGAUUGAGGACGGUACAAAAAGCUAGUCCGAACAAGACUCAAUGAGUCAAGCGGUCACUUGCUAAGUCUGCAAAGGUCCGGGCAAUCCAGUCAAUGCAUGCCUUCACGCUGUGCAAGGGGGCCCCCGGGGGCAACCCAGACCCUAAUCUUUCUUCCGGG